AUGUCGGAUCAACAGCAUGUCGCCCCGUCAGCGUCCCCGCGACAAACCACACCUCCGUGGCCCGACAGCCGGAUCGAUAGCCUAUUCAAAGUGACGCCACGAGAGGCACUAGACCUUCUCAGCGCCGGCAUCGAGGUCCUUGUGGGAAUGGCGGGAGAUGUGCCACCUCCACCGCCGCCGCCCCCCACGACUCCUCCCCCCGUGCCACAGACGCCACAGAUACAGCCCAAGAUGGAGAGCAGAGUACAGACCCGCGCGGAGAAACACCGAGCCGAACUGGCGGCCGCAGGAAUCCUAGACUCGCCGCUCCUCGGAGAGCGACCUACGCGCCGGCCAUCUAACUACCGUUCCGCGCUGGACUCAAUAUCCGCUCCCACCCCGGAACCCAUCGAUGGCGUCUACCUGCGCGACCGGAACCGACCCCAGCCAGGGCCAAGCUCCGAGCCACAGCAACAGAAACAGCAGCAGGAGCAGGAGCCGGCUCCUCCCGAGCCGCGCAUCGUCGUAAGCGGCGACCCCCGACAGCCCGACGAGCAACGCCGCUCCAUCAUGCGCAAGUUCGCGACCGUGCGCGCACCGCCCAUCUCGGUGACCCAGUACCUGGGCCUCAUCCACGAGAUGUGUCCGAUGAGCACGGGGGUCUACCUGGCGGCGAGCCUGUACCUGCGGCGGAUGGCGGCCGGUGGCGUGGGGUUGGUCACGGCGCACAACGCGCACCGGCUUGUGCUGGCGGCGCUGAGGGUGGCGUCCAAGGCGCUCGAGGACGGCCCCCACAAGCACAAGCUGGUCGCGGCCGCCGGCGGCGUCGGGGCUGCUGAGCUGGCGUGGCUGGAGGUCGGGUUCUGUCUUUUGACGAGGUUCGAGCUGCUCGUCCGGGACCGGGAGCUCAUGGAGGAGUGCGAGCUGCUGAGGGGUGCGGGUUGCUAG